CCAAUUUUUUUCUUGAGCUUCUCUGUGUAUCUCGUGUUUUGUUUCAUCUAACAUUUGCUGUGACUGCUACAUGUAAAGGCUGUGUAAAGUCUGUUUUUUAUACGUAUCACGUUUUUUACGCUUGGUUCAACUUGACUACUUCAGUGUUGGACGAUUCGCGAAAACAAUUCUACAUUAAUGCGAGUUGGGUCAGAGGAAAGUAAAACAGUUUAGCUAUUCCGGUCUUAAGCUUCCCACGGAAGCUAUGGACGGUGUACAUCAAUGGCUCUUUGUGUUGCUCAGCAGCGCUUCAGUUCGUCAACAUAUGUUGACCCGGACGGAUGUUAUCAAGUGGAACUCCGGCUUUUCGCUGCUAAUUUGACUCUAAACGACAAACUGGUUUCCUCAAAGUGUGGUUCGCGCAUCUGAAUAUCGGCUUAAGACAAACCCAUAUGUGGAAGAAUACAACUGAACAUCAUGACUUCAAACCUCUGCAAGCUUCUCAUAGCGGCUGUGGUAGGCAUUUCCGUAGUCAUCGCUGAAAAACCCGCGACCCUUCCAACCAAGCAAACUGCCCAGGACAUUAGUUAUGGCUUGACAAAUAUGGCCUGUCGGCUAUCCGUUCAGCUGCAAAGCAAUAACACCAAAACAGACAUAAUUUCGCCACUCAGUAUAGGGUCUUCGUUGAUGUUACUCAUGCGAACAGCCAAGGGAAGCACACGCAAGCAACUUUUAAGUUUGCUUCAGCUGCAAAAGAUUGUCAUGAAUAAUUCCAGAAUUCCCAGAAAUUUUCAUCGAUUACUUCUUGAGCUAUUGGACGGGGUCCAGGCAGAGACCAUUUUGGAAGAUCCACCACGUUGGAUGAAUCAGUCCAAGUGUGUCGAGGAUGAUUCAGAUGACUAUGAUGACUAUCCUGCCUAUGAUGAAGAAGAGGAAGAUCCCGGAAAAGCGACCGUUGUUCGACUGGCAAACGCUAUAUUUGUUCAGGAUGGAAUGUUCAACAACUCGAGAUUGGAAAGAAAAGUGAAACAAUACUACUACAGCACUGUAGAGAAUUUAGAUUUCUUUGGCGCACCCGACGCAGCCAUGAAACAUAUCAAUGAGUGGGCUAAUAACAAAACCUACGGUCGUAUCCCCAGCGUACUCUCGGAGAAUCCAAAUCGUGAGACUUUAAUGAUGGUAGCAAACGCUGUAUAUUUCAAAGCGUUUUGGGAAGAUGUGUUUCUUCGUAAAGCUACCAAACCAAGGGAUUUUUUCCCCAACGGAGAGGAUAAAGAACCAGUUAAAGCAGAUAUGAUGGCUCACAACGGAUGUUUUCCUUAUUAUUCUUCCAAGGAAUUGGAUGCCAGGAUCAUGGGCUUCCCAUACAUCGGUCGUACGUUCACAAUGUACGUCAUUCAACCCAACAACUCAAGUCGAACAAAGCUCCAAGAUUUAAUGGGAAAACUGAAUGCCCACACUCUGGAUGGUUUAAUUUCGAACAUGACAAUGAGAACGGCAAUGGUUCUGUUCCCAAGGAUGGAUAUUUCCAACAGUUUUGAGUUGAAACCAAUGCUUGAGAAACUAGGUGUAACAGCAAUGUUCAACGAUGGUCAGAGCGAUUUUUCAUUGCUAAAUCCAGGCGCUCCUGCCGAAUCCGCUAGAGCAACUGUGAAUCAAGUGAUACACAAAGUGAAGCUAACAAUCGAUGAAAAUGGCACAGAAGGAGCUGCUGUGACGGUUACACUGAUUGAUAGGACGAUACCAGCAGUAAAUUUCCGUGCAAACACUCCUUUUGUGGUAGCCAUCAGGCAUGAUGCGACAAAACUUUUGCUUUUCUACGGGCCGGUGUACGACCCAUCCGGGUAACCUCACGAUUCAAGCAAUUGAGCCUUGAUGUACUGGGUUUGGGAUCGGAGAAAUAAAUGAUUGGAAUAAGUAUAAUAAGACUGAUUCAGAAAACAUACGAUUUCGGUUGACAUUUUGGAUUGAAAGAGAGCAACGUUUUUAUUUCUCAAUCUCUUUUUUUUCGGGUAACAUGGCUAUGAAUUCCAUUUUCAUUGCCAUAUUUAAUAAUAGUAUAUGUGUAAUAUAUUUAUGGCAAACACGUGUAAUUUAACAACAUAAAAAUCAAAUAUAAACUAAAAUAUCAACUACAA